AUGCGCAAAAAAAUAAAAAUGGCUUCCUCUUCAGAAGGUGGGAGGUUGAAUGAAGUGAAAGAUGCUCUAAAAGUGGUGAAAGAUAUAUCUGAUCUCCUUAAUACUGGACUGGAUGAUGAUACACUAAAGGUCUGUGUCCAGCUGUUGGAGGCCGGAGUGAAUCCCGAAGCAUUGGCAUCAGUGGUACUGGAACUGAGGAGAGCUAUUGGAGCUCAAGAAGCAUCUACUGUCAUUGAAACUUAAACAGCAGAUUAAUAAUUAUUAGUUUUAACGAAACGUUUUAAUGAAAAGUAUCAUUAUCAUUAAUUCAUUAUUAUUUAGA